AUGAGUGGUAAGAAACUUACCAGUGGCCUACAGCGCCAAUUCAGGGAAUGCUAUCGGGAAAGCUUGAAGAUGAUCUCAACCAAACCAUUGUUCAGGAGCCAAACGAUGAAUGAAUCGUUCCUGAAGAGAGACUACGAGUCGAUCGAAUAUCAGCUCAGACGGAUCAAGAACCAACUCGAACUGUACUCCAAACCAUCCGUCCAACAGGUUCAUCUCCCCUCCACCACCACCAACAACAUCACGUAUAACUUCGGUUGGGUCGCUAAGGGAGGGAGAGAAGGCUUAAGUCGAGAUUGA